AUGAAGAAGAGGAAAGGAGAAGUGGUUGACCAGGAGGGAAACAUUUUGAAAAAGGCAAAGGUCUCUGACUUCGCGGAGGCGGAGGAAAACAAUAACAACAAACAUAGUCAACUGGUACGCACUGUGAAAGUGUUAUUACAGAAAGAGCAAACAAGGUUGUCUGGUAUGUUGAAGGUCUAUAUUCAAUGCAUGUCUUGUUGUUUUGAGGUACAUGUAUGGAAUUGGAAUUGCAAUUUUGUGUCUCAGAUGAUGUGUAAAAGUUGUAUCCCGGCUGUUCAAAGUCAGAUAGCCCUAUCCACUGGAAAUAUUAUUAUCCGACGGAUGAGUGUUAGGGAAACCAAUUACGGUAUACACAAGAUAGAGAUUUAUCCAGUGGAUAGCGUUAUUCACCCUUCAAACAACUCAGUCAGGCCCAGCUCACUCACAGUGGCCAUUCUUAUAGACAAUAAAAAAAGGCAUUUACCUCGUGUACCUGACACAGGUGACGUAAAACAAAAGAACAAAACCAGGAAACAUUAAGGUGACUCGACCCAGUUUUUUGGGGGGGGUACCAUCCUACUUUGAAGCUCUCUGGUAUCCCCACCUUUACUUUUAUCGCAAGUCUAACACAUAGAAUGGAUAACAUAUAGAUCAAUCUACAAUAUCACAGAAAAUUUUUGGCGAUCGGAGUAAAUGUCACGUGGUUAUAAUGCCACGCCCCUUUGAGGUCUGAGUCGAAAAUCUGCUGUUGCCGGCAUUUUUUCGUGAAAAUCUCUCGGCUACACAUAGUGCGCAUUAAUGCCUUGCACUGAACAGAGUUUCACCAAAAUCGCAAAGACCCAAUUCGAGAAAUUCAGCAGUUUCCAAAUUUAGGACAUAAUUUAUGCGAAAAUGAUAAGUAAUUAUAAGUAAUUUUACCCUCGGUAACUUGAAUCCUCGAUAACUCAAACCUCCCACUAAGUCGAAGUAAUUUUUGUUUCCCCUCAGAUCAUUUCUAUAUAAAGUUACCCUCAAUAACUCGAACCAUGUUUUGAGCGCUUAUAAAGUCAGGAAAAAAAACAGUGUACUGGCGUCCAAAACAUUGAAUUCUGAAUUUACCAUUGACGUGUUGUAGGCAUAUAGCUUACUAGUGGAGGCUAAUGUUGUUUGUCACAAAAUAAUGUAACAUGAAACAGCUUUGCUUCUCAAAACAGUUAAAUGCAUGCUCUAUUUAGGCUUUGUAUUUUUAUGUUAAGUUUUGAUUUAUAUCCCAGAAGCAUUGUUCCAUUUUAACUUAACAUUUUUACAGUUAAAUGUGAUCAAUAUGUUCACAAUACUGUAAAAACUGGUUUUUCCUUUGCUUUGGGCUAUUUGCCUCGAGUUUCCAAUAACUCAAACUCUCGAUAACUUGAACUUUUUUCAAUUUCCCAUGAAGGUUCGAGUUAUCAGGAGUUGACUGUACUUUCUUUUAUCACAGUAUAGUUAGUCAGCACAGGCUCCAGUUGUUCCAACGUUGGAUAGCGCUGUCCAUCAGAUAAAUGGCUAUCUAUGGAUGAGUGUUAGGGAGAUCAAUAAAUAUUGCAUUAUCCACUAAACAAAGAUUUAUCCAGUGGAUAGCGUUAUCCCCCUUUCGAACUACUCAGGGCCCAGGUUACUUAGUAUAGUUACAGUGAGUAAUGUCCUUGUGGCAUUUAUUUUGGUGAUAUUAUUUUUAUUGAGGUUUGUCCAAGCUACGCGAUGCACUUAAAGAGUCACAAAACAAGGAAAGACUGACAUGCAUUGUCCAGGAAGGUGGAGAAUUUCAUGAGGUUUUCAAGAUUUUAGAAGGAGGCCGACACAGUCUUUCCCAGCUUGAGGUACAUGUAUUACUGUAAACUUCUAUAAUGCUACUGCAAACUGAAAGUCAAAAUUGGUGCUCUAAAGUCACUAUUGCAUCUUUAUCAUGUACAGUACAUGUACAGGAAUGAAAAAAGUUAACUGUGUCAUGACUUAUCAAGCUGUGAAAGGUACAGAAGUAGCCAUUCAUUUGAGAGAAUUUGCAUGAAAAGUAGACUGAUAGAUUUAUUUUAUAAAUUAUAAUAUAAUUAUUUUAUUCCAGAUUGCUCAGUAAUAAGCUGUGGUACAAUCAUGUAAAGCCUGGAAACUACCAUAAUGAUUGUACCAUUUUCUGAGGAAAGCCAAUUGAUCUGGAUGAUCUUUAGAAACCCGCUUUACAAUAGGAGUGAAGUUGAUCUCAGUAAUCUUUUUACGUUAAGGCUGCUGUUUUGCACUUACAGACUUUAGAAAUCAAAAUUACAUUUUUAGUUCUAUUUUUGUACUAAAAGCCUGUCUGUUACAUGUACUCAGAAGAGCAGUCUCAAUUUGUGGUUAUUUACCUGUAUAAUAUCAAUAAAAUUUUCUUUCUCAGAUCCAAGCAUGCCUGGAAAUCCUAGAGAGUGUUCUGCUCUUUACUGCAGGAGACAAGCAGUUAUCUACCAGAACAGGGAUGGCAAUAGUACAGCAAGUGCUGCAAAACCAUAUAAAACUUCUGUACACAUGUCUUCAUCCAGGGAAUCCCCCUGAUGUUAUCAUGACUACUCUAAGGUUGCUAACAGCCAUGGUAACACAAGGAAUGACAGCAGCAAGAGAAGUUCAAAGGUCAUUUGAUUUUACUUUGAAGGCCAUUGGUGCACUACCUAACAAACGUGACCCAAAGGUA